AGCAUGCUCAGUUCCACUCAAACUGUGUGUGAGGGUCUUACAUGUGUGUGACUGUAAAUGAUCAACUCAAGUGUUUGUGCUCAGAGUUUAGUCCCCUCAGGAGCCUCAGACUCGGGCAGAAUGAGUUCAUCAGGUGGAGGGUCAUCCCUGCAGGUCCAUGCGGUCCGGUUGGGUCCAGGUCAGGAGCUGUUGGGAUCUCUGCAGGCGUUUGUGGAGGAGAGGCGACUCAGAGCGCCGUUCAUCAUCACCUGUGUGGGCAGCGUCACAAAGGCAACACUCCGGCUGGCCAACGCCACGGCAACAAAUACAAAUGAGGUGAUCCACCUCAGUGGGAGGUUCGAGAUCGUCUCCCUGGUCGGCACACUCAACCGAGACGCCCACGUCCACAUCUGCCUGUCGGACGGGGAGGGCAGGACGGUUGGGGGUCACGUGAUGGGAGACCUGGAGGUGUUCACCACAGCCGAGGUGGUCAUCGGCGAGGCGGUCGACCUGCAGUUCACCAGGGAGAUGGACGAACGGACGGGUUUCCCAGAGCUAGUCAUUCAACAGCAAUAAUCUGACAGAUGAAGGAGUCAAGCAAGGGUUGUCUUAUAUGUUGAAAAAGGUGAAACUUUAAUAAUUUAUAUCCAGUGUAUAAUUUCAUGAUAACUCUAUUGUAGAUUUAUAUACAAAUAAACUGGCUUUACUGAGCUACUGUACUGCAAAUUAUAUUCUGCAAAUAUUUUACAUUAUUAGACAGUUAAUACUGGUGAAUCGAUGCACAAGUAGCUGUCAGUGGAGCUGCUUUUACUUACAUUAGACAGUGAAGUUUGGUAGUUUGUGGAUCCCAACCUGCUGCACAGAUUAAUAUUAAUAUUCCUAUUCUUUUUAUUUUAUUUUAUUUUAUUUUUUAUUAGAAUAGUUAUUUAAAUGAACGUAUAUCUGGGAAAGUCCCAGAAACAUCUGAGGCAUGACAAUGGGGCCAAACUAAACCAGCCGCUGGUUUUAUCCACGUGGCGACUAUCAGUAGAUCAGCAAUAAACUGUAAGAAGCUUGUUUUGAUGUUAUAAGAGUCAUUUUACGUGUUACAGAACAGCUUUACAUUCAUUGUGGAACUGCACAGAGUAAUGCUGCUCCUCAUAGUCAGCAUUUUUGAACAUUGCAAUAAAUUGCCAUUAAACAAAACCAACAGAUGAA